UCCACACAUGGAGGCGGACUGGAAGGCCGAAUUCUUUGUCAAUUUAUUCCACCCCGCUUUCCUCAAACCUGAGGAGGAGUCAUGAGCAGCGUCAAUUUAUGGCUGAAGAUAUCUCAACAUCGGAAAUAACUAGUAAUAAAUGCACACUUAACGGAUAUUGCUUCAUAAUAAUGCAUCAGUCCAACGGGGCAUGAGAUGAGAGAGCGAGGAAGAAGGGGCAGCAGCAGCAAAACUAAUAACAAGUGUGUCCACAUAAGCAAAGGGGGUGAUUUUCGCUGUGAAUCUGUUGCCCUGGUCGGUUGGCAAGCUGGUUGGCAGGUUCGUGGUGGUAAAAGCGGAGAAAGUGCUCACUUGCCUCUCAGUUUCCUCUCCAACUCCAAACUCGGAGCAACAUCAUCACUCAACAACUUUCUCCACCUCAAAACACGCUCGCUCACUUUUUGCACGACCAGCUUAAACUCUUAAUUCGGGUCUCUUAAUUCGGGUCUCUCCCGUUCACAGAGGAAAGGUCAGUGCGUGGUGGGUGCUCUUGUAAAUGGGCCCAACAAUAAGCAAGGACAGGCAGUCCAAGUGAAGGGUCAUUUCCAUUAAGUAGUGGGAUUGGGUGCCAUCGUUGACCUUUUCGAAGAGCGGGAGCAAAUUGUUGCCUGGCACGAUAUCCACUUCAGUUGGGGAAGAGUUUAUCAGACUCGUACGUAUUCUUUGUCGGGCUGGGAAAUUAGGAACAAUUAAGAGAGCAGUAAUGCCACUCGACUCUUUGACUCAUCAUCGUUAGCAUCAUCAUUACCAUUCGUGUCACGACAUCACGUCAAGUGAGCAAAAGUUUUCCCCUUCUUUGCCCCCGCUGAACAACAAGGUUUCAACUUUGCAAACUAAAGUGAACUCUUGAAAUCGUAUCCAAUUUACAUGACAAAUCAAUCCUUCUUCUUGUGCGGACCGAGUGGAAAUUGGCCUCGUCGACCGAGUGAGAGGCGCUUUGAGCCCAUUAAACUUGUAAACUCGAGACAAUCUGUGACCCGAGGUAGCGAAGCAAUUAAGCCCGUAAUUUGAUUACUCUCCACUCUCCCCGUCCAAACCGAGUCACUUUGUCAACUCAAAAUAUGAACUUCUUUGUUCCCCACCAAGCACAAAACAACUGACUUCUCAUCAUCCACCGCUGUCGGCUUGGAUGCAAAUUCUGACAGCUGCACACAAACCUGCUUCAUCUUCCGCGUCGUAGUCCAACUGGUGGUGACCAUUUCACGGGACUAGAAGGAUGUCGAACGACGUGCUGAUUCACCGCGAAAUUCUGCUCCAACAAGUGAACCACUACCAGCAACAGGAGAUGGACCACAUGGCCGGACCCACCACAGGGCCAGAGGGCAGCAACGGCACGUCCACCCAAGGCGUCGUCGUUAGAGGAGAGGAGAUCGCCAUCGUCCUCGUGGUCCUCAUACUCUGGAUGGGUGCAAUCAUCCUCUUCUUCAACCGCUGGUCUAAAAUCCGCCUCCUGGAACCAUAUCAACCCAAGUUUUGUGAGCAUCACAAUCCCAACUGCCCCAUGGCGGACGUCCCCCCAAUCAACACCAACUACCCCCGAACAUUCUCCAUCUCCAAGUUCAACCUGACGUCGGAGACGGGCGGAGGAAGCCCGCACUUCAGCAAGUGCAACUACCACGGAGUCACGACGACCACGACGACCUGCACGACGGAGCCACUGCUGAUGAACGGAGGGGGUGGGUCACGGUCCAUGUCCAUUUCCAUGGGUGGUUUGGGCGUCCCCUCCACUCUCAACUUCCAAGGGACGACGACCACGAAUCUCUCACCACGACUUUGCCAAGGCGGGCGUGGGAGCCAGAACCGGCUGCGACAAAACUCUGUGUUUGUGACGUCGCCCUCCAACUUCCCAGUCUCCAUUUUCGGAGAGUCUGGCCAGCUUGGGAAGGGGACAGGGGGGAGGAAGACCAAGUCGGCCGUGGACCUUUCCACCCUCGUCCUCUGCGGAGAGAUCAUGGACAACGUGAGACGCAACUCGAAGAAUUCCAUUACCAAUUUGUGAGAGACUGAGUGGUGUCAACCCUCGAAGGAGAACAUUCCUUAGAGACUUGAUUGCACAACCCACUCUCCAUCAAUGCAUGUGGCACGACUCCCUCCUUGCACCCAUUUUCCAUCUUCUUUUUACCUCUCUUUUUUACAACAAGACUUUUCCUCGUCAUUCCACAAGCAUCUUACUUGUUAGACUACUUACUUGUUGUUGCAGGGAGUAGAAUGUAGCUGUAGAAUAUUACUUCGACGUGUGUCAGAUAGGUCUCCCCUUAGCGGACGGGGAAUAAGAGAAAUGAGUUCAUUUCGCAAUCAGGACAGGUAGAAAGGAAGGAAAGGCAGGAGCAAUUUGUCCCAGCGUCUCAUGUAUGCAAACUUAUGAAAGAUCAUUCCAUUCAUUUUUCAUAUUGUGAAAUUUGCAUACAACUCAUAUUUCAAAAUUGCGUCGUGAGAAAGGAAGGGAAAAACUGACUUUAUUAUUAUUAUUACUCAAGAAAACUUACUUUCCCAAAUGUCACGAGAAGUCAGGUUACACACAGAGACGUCAUUUAUUUCAAUCCUUAUGUAAAACUUCCCUCGGAGGUUUUGUUUUAUGUAGAGUAGGAAAUCUCCAUUAUUUAUUUUUCUACCUCGUCGUACGUACGUACUUCUGGGAGGACCCUGUAGCGGAGUCUCUCUCCAUGCCCAGGUCCCUCGGGCCCAUUCCGACUCGAAUUGUAGGCCAAACAGGCAAUUGUUGAGCAGGAUUUCACAAUUUCUAAAAUUUGUAAAAGUGCGAGGAUGCAUGGUAUCAAUUCAUGCAUAUUCAUUCGCGUGCAUGUCUAGUAUUACUCCCAAGGAGGUGAUUCUUCUUCAAAUCUGUGGUGCAAAUGUACAAGCUUUACGAGUCCCAACUACACAAUAUUUUGACAGUUGGAGGAAAUUCACGGAAACAUUGAAUACGUAGCCUAGUCCUCAUAUCCAUAUUAUAUUCUUAUCAAAUAUUUACUCUAAUCUCUGUCUGUAUUUUGAACAAGUAGAAAAAAAAUCUGUGAACCGUUACAUCAAAAUAUGUAUAUCAGUAAUGUUCGAAUUAGCCAAACCAUCCAAAUAUGUAAAUAAGUAUUAUGCAACACCUCCGUGUGUCAUCAUUAUACUUGUACUCAAUAAAAACAAACUGUUGAAUUGGA